AUGUCUACCCGCACUUACGAAGAGAAGGUGCGCAUUCAUGAGCAGGUUCGCCGCAUGUACGACCUCAAGAUCGGCCCUCUCCCAGCUACACUGUUUCUCGGCCGCCGCAAACCGACGCUCCAAGACAUCAUCAAUGGCACCACUUGGUGCAUCUUCGUUGGCGGCAUCCCGGAGGAGUAUGACCUCAGUUGGUACUUUCUCAAUUACAACGAUCUUGCGAAGUUCGGCUUCAAGGCCCGUAAGAGCACCGAUGACGAAGAGAAGAAUCUGAGCCGCGCUAUCUGGUACCUUGGAAUCGACGCGAAGCAUUCGCUCAGCUAUAAGCUGGAACACUCCCGCCUCAAUAUGCUCUGCAUGUUGAUCGCGUUUGCGCUGCCGGGUGUGGACCAGGUGUUCGAGCAUGAAGCGACGUCCUCAUUCCGCGGCUCGUACCGUAUGGCGUGGGAGCAGGCUAUCAAGCACAGCUCUGAAGAGAAGGAUACUCGCGCGCAGGAUUACUUCCUCUCCUCCUGGAACAAUAACGUGUGGGAUGUCAUCAUCUGGAAGUCAGGUCAGAGGGGUGUAAUGAAGGGUGCCGUCGAGAAGCUCCAGAAGGCCGUGCCUCCGAUGCCCUUCGCACCCAAAGACUUCUGGAAGGAAGCAGAUGAGCAACCUGUGGAGCUACGCCAGAAGCUUGUCACUCUCUGGGCAAUGCGGUGGUUGAUCCACAUGGAUAAAGAGGGUAAGAUUGCCCACCAGCGGACAGAGGAUUUCCUCAUGAGUGAUGAGCGCCAUCAGAGCGAGAUGGCAGACGGCAUCGCCUCGAUGGCCGGCGACAUCGACGAAUUAAGCUACUUGGACGACCCACGCAUAUUUCACAGGCUUGACCUGUUUAACGCGCUCAUGACUCCUGUGGAAGACGACAUUCAGCCUCUCCCGCCGCAGGAGCACACCCCCUGGAUGGACCCCAGUGUGGCCAUCGACCUCGUGCAAGGCAAGCUCGUCAACAUCAACGGCCUUGUUGAUGCAAUGUCUAGUAUGGGAAUGUAG